GAGAGAGUAAUAUGUCUGAUGAAGUAUCCAACUUGGAAUAUCUAGAGUUUCGAGUGGUAAAGGUUUUACUGUACGUUUUAAUCUUCGUUUUAAGUGGUAUCGGCAACAGUUUGGUCGUAGCUGUCAUCUUGAGGGCAAAAGAGAAAAGGACACCAGCAAAUCUGUUGAUUCUGAACUUAGCAUUAUGCGACCUCAUCACACCAGCUCUGAGCAUUCCGUUUGAUUUGGCGCUAGAAGAAACGAACUACAUUUGGCCAUUUGGAAGAGCUUUUUGCAAAGUUCUGUGGCCAUUCCAGACGGCGUUUUCAACUUCCUCCUCACUGACCCUCGCAGUUGUCAGCUUAGAUAGGCUCAGAACUCUCUUGAACCCGUUUGCAAAACGUCUCUCGAUGAAGAGGAUGUUGCUCAUCGUAUCCUCUAUUCAGGCUUUUUCAAUUGGCUUGUGUGUUCCUUAUUUCAUCGCUUUGGAUCUCACUGAUAAAGAAAACUCUUGGGACGAGAGCUGGCCAAGUUUUUGCCACAGACAAGCGUACACAGUUGUGCUGUUUCUGUUCCAGUACGCCUUACCUUUGAUGACAAUGUCUGUAACAUACUCUCUCAUACAUCGCAGUUUGCGGGAAAGUACUGAGAGACUGUUCUCCACAGAUACACAAAGUAAAAACUCCUUCAAAAGACAGUCAUCCACCUUUAGUAAUAAAAGUAUUGAGUUUAAAAGGAAAGAGCAAAACAUUCGCUUGGCAAAGAUGUUCGUUCUUGUUGUGGUUGUCUUCGCCAUCAGCAUGUUCCCGAACCAAGUUCUCUGGCUUUGGGUGGACUUUGGAAAUGGCGCAGACGAAAGAUUUUUUCAUUACAUUUCUGUAGUGUGUCGUCUUUUUACUUACGCUAAUAGUGUGUUAAAUCCGUUCAUUUAUGCCUUGAAAAACAAGGAAUUCAGGUCUGGGUUUGCAAGGAUUGGCCGCACUACCAUAAAGCCCUUGAGAAAGAUUAGCAACGAAACUAGGAAAUGUGUACGCAAAGUCAGUAGGAACGCCAAUUUACAUAGUUCAAACCCAGAUCCUGCGAAAUCUUUUGCACUUCGGGAUUACACAAGUGACAGAGCAAUAGGGCCUGCAUUAUGAAUCAACAAAUAUUUUCCAAUCUACUAAAAAACGUAUCAGAAAGCAUCCAUGUUAUGAAGUGUAAAUUGUAUGAUUUUCUCUAAAUGUAGCAGGACCGAGUCGACCAAUGCUUUUACACAACUAUCCUGUUCGAUAUGCUUGGGAUGGCAAAGGAACUUCCACUCGAAAAUGCUCACAAACACUGUUUUAAUCCUCUAAUUAAAUUUGAAAAUGCAUGCUCUAUCAAUGAUACAAGAAUGAUCUCGGAGACAUUAAAGCCUUCAGCGCUACACGAUGUACUUCGGAAUUUUUCCGAAACGAAUUGUUGACGUGAAUGCCCUUGGGCUUGUCCUUCGGUUUAUUUAUGUUCAUCUGGUGUGCAUUUUAUA